CGUUAACCAUUGACCACCACGAUGAAUCAGUCCUAUCAGAAUCAAUAUUCUCAACAGCAACAAGCUGCAUACGAAGUAAAUCCCUACUAUAAGCCUUAUCAAGGACCUUCAUAUCCAAUUCCUGGAUCCUCCUCCCAUAGCGCUCCUGUACCCGCCAAUGCCUACGAGUAUGAUGUCGGAAUUUUGGCUCAGCAAAGUGUCUACGUCCCCGGUGCGAUGAUUGACAAACGAGGUGGGGCCGGAGGAAAGCUGGCGAAGGGAGGGAAGAGAACAACUGUUCUGCGCAAGGGGGGAGGCAAGGUCUGGGAAGAUCAGACUUUGCUGGAAUGGAGCCCUUCCUGGUUCCGGUUAUUUGUGGGCGACCUCAGUAACGAUGUUUCUGACGACGUCUUGGCCAACGCCUUCAACAAGUAUACAUCAUUUCAAAAGGCGCGAGUUAUUCGGGAUCGACUCAGUCAAAAGGCCAAGUAUGGAUUUGUUGCAUUCUCUGACCCCGAAGACUUUCUUAAAGCAUGGAAGGAAAUGGAUGGCAAAUACGUUGGAAAUCGGCCUGUCAAACUGAAGAAGGCAGAUGAUACGGCAAUACGCCCAGUUGAGAUUGGACACAGAAAAGCGAAGAAGCUGGAACAAGAUCUCAAAAAGAACAGACACAAACCAUACUGAAGAUGCUCUUUGCAUAUUCGGUGUCAGAGUCGUAAGUAAUCUGGAAGUAUACUUACCCAAAUAGUAUGCGUAGUGUACUACAUACUAGUGUAAGUAAGUAAUACCUUAUGUAAAUAGUGUCGUGUAGGUGACACGUCAGUAUUUGAUACCGAGCUUUUGCCACGUC